AUGGCAGAGAGGACAGUCGGAUUCCUUUUCAAAAGUCUCAAAGACUGUUUAGUGUUCUUUUGUUGGUUGCACGAGGGGGACGGGAAGGUUUAUCUUGAACCCGUGAUCAGUUACCUUCAUCAACGUGUUUCUAAGUACUAUAACUGGAUUGAUAGAACUUCAAUACAAGCUGAAUUGUCCAAUUUUCUCUGGCAUGUAAAUAGGGUUUACGGUAAAUUGGUAUUUACCACAACAAAGGACGCAGCCUCCAUUCCCCGUGACCCCAAUGUAGAUGACACUGUUGACGCUCUCUUAGAGUGCCUUCCCAAGUUCUUCGCUGCAAUGUACUAUCUGUGGUACAAUGUGGAUGUGAUAUUUAAGGGAGUGGGCGGUGGCGGGUGGGCGGAGGAUUGGCCUGGGUACGGCGGCGGUCUAGAAACAUAUCUCACUAAAGCAUACCGCAGUGCUUCCGGCAGCAUUUUACCUGGAGGGUUUGAGCUUCGCGAGUUGAGGUAUGGUCGGCUCUACGCUAAUUACACCCAGGGCAAGAAAAUGACAACUGAUCUCCGAUGGUUUUUGGACAAGAAAGUUGAACAAAAUUACUUACGUGACGUUUUUAUUCUCUCUACCUGUACUGUAUUUGGUGCGGAGUCUGUGAACACAGCAAAUGCUAUUUGCUUGGUAGGCGUGUUUUGCGAUAUUGUAAAAUCGGGGAAGCAAGAUGCGUUAAAAGAAGCUUUGGAAAAAAACAUAAAGCCUAAAUGCAUAGCUUGGGAUGAAUUAAAACAUGUAUGCGGAGAAAUUAAGGUUACGUACAAUAAUAUGUUUACUACAGGCCCCUUUGACCAUAGUGGUGUGGCUACGACGGCUUCUUACCUUAGGUCUGAAGUAUUCGCUGAGAAAUUCGCGGCGUGGUUUAGAACUAAUUUCACGAAUAUAAUCAAGCAUGUAGAAACUAUGCGUAAUCAGGUCAUUGACACGGGCGCUUUCAAUUACCGCUCCUUCGCAAAUGGCGUUUUAUUUCCUAACGGUGUGGUUUUUAAGGGAAACGACGUGGUGCAAGCGAAGGGUUUUCUUGACACUUGGGAGUGGACGAAUGCACUUGAAACUUUUGUUGAUGAUAACAGUGGUCUACCAAAGCUUAAAGAACUUUUGGAUGGUGUGCCGUGUCCCCAGGCUCCGCUGCAUACGGCUUCAUCAUCAAGCACAUCCGGUGCUAAAGGCACUAGAAGCGUUGUAGGGAAUAAAAAUAGAGCGGAUGGUAGCCAGACGACGUCUGGUGCGAUACGGGGAAAAGGAGGGGGAGAGGGAGCGUCUCACAGCGGAAGUGGCGCCAAACUUAGCGCCACUCAAGUCCAAUCAGUGGCUCAGAGUCGUACAGAUUCCACACCUUCUCAUGUUCAAGCUUCAACAGCUCAAAGAACUACUCAAUCUCAGCCAAAGUCAGCACCACAAAAUGCGGGAAAUUCCGACAGUAAACGAGUUGAGGACACUAAAUAUACCGGUGGAGGUAAAAGUCCGCCAGCUCCAAGUGUUUCAGUGCCACAGAAUCAUGCUACAUCGUCGACAAUAACUGUUCAAAAGCCUGACAUUCCGUCUCUCAGUACUCAAGCAAAAGCAGAUCAUAUCGCCUUACCUCCUGCUCCCGCGACUCUUGGACCCAGCAGCCCCGCUGGUGAUUUAAAGAACCAUGUAGAUGUUCUACCGCCUACUGGUAAACCAGAUGUGUUGGUGUAUUCUUCUAUACCUAAUGAAAAAACCCGGCAAUCCUUGUCGCCCCGUAGAGAUGCCGCCGGUGCUGCUGAUACGCAUGCCACAACUCAUAUAGCUGCUGUUGAUGGCGGUGAUGGCAUAGGAGGGAAUGGUACGGCAGGGGAGACGGGGCGUCCUGGGGAAUCAGAUUCUGCAGGUAGGUCUGAGUCUCCAUUCCAUGCUCCCCCAGCACACCCCCAACCGUUACCUGCUGACUCCGGGACUACCACGGCUACAGAAGCCUCCAUGUCACCUGUAACUUAUGACAAAGUUCCUGUCGAAUCCCCCAAUAAACCCGAAGUACCACCUGCCAAAUCUCCUGGAACCCCUAUAACAUCUGAGGGAGAACAGGACCAAGGUAAGGAUCCAAGAGUAGAUGUGUCUUUAGGUUCACAAGUUCAAGAUUUGGCGCCACCUUCACCUCCCAGUGGUAAAGGAGAGUCAGUUCCGACAGGGUCACCAGGAGUGAAUACCCCGCAAGGGCCUACUAGUGCAGAGCCUACAGUGUCUUAUGGUUCAUCAAAUCAAAAUUCUGUUCAGGAUCAAACAGUAGUCGUCUCUCAACCCCCUCCCACAGGUGAUGCUGUAUCCCCGGGCUCCCCCAGUAGGUCUAUCAGACAGGGUGUGGGUUUAAAUGGCGAUGCGCAUUCAGGUAAACAACUUGUUUCAUCUCCAAGCUCUGAACCUCCGCAAUCUUCAAAUGGUCAAGCUCAACAGGUAGUUCAACUGCAAGGCCCUAUAGAACCCUCUACCUCAAUUCCUGCCCCCCCUGGUCCUCCAGGUGAUCAGGGUCGGGGUUCGCAGGGCGGUGCUUCUUCAGGUCAACAGCCUGCUGUCUCUACGGAUACUCUUGUCGCUCAAUCCCAAAGGGUAACAGAUUCAGUAUCUCAGCCUUCUAGUGUAAUUGCUCCUUCUGCUGUCUCUGUUACCGAUAGUGGCCAGGGAGAUUCUCAACACGGUCAGCAAAGUGGAAUUAGUAAUGCGACUGAAUCAGAUUCAGCCACAACUACGACACCACCCAGCCAGGGUUCUGUUCCUGGUGACGGUGGAGCUUCUGGAAGCGGUGGGGAUGCGAGAGGCAGUACGGAUGGCGAUUCCAAGGAGAAUUUAAAAUCUAUUCAAGCUCCCACCCCAAGUGAUUCAAUCGCAGCUUCCACAUCGUCAGUUGGCAGUGGCUUACCAGGUAGUCCGGGCCUCACUCCCAUAUCGUCACCGCAAGAGAAUUCUCAUGAUCAAGGUGCAGAUAAAAGCGCUAAAAGCACAACGGUUUCAGAACAUCAUACUUCAGAUCUGGCGGGUGGUGCUGUUGCUGCAGUUACAAAAGCUCAACAAAUUGUUGACAAUGAGGGUAAUGGGUCUGAAGGUCAGCCAGGUGUGGCACCGCCUGUUCAUUCACCUCCCCCUACAGCCGCUCCCCCUAGUACUCCUGAAACUAUUGGCCCUGGCGGUGCGGCAGCUGAUAGGAGUACUGGUCGAACGUCCAUUGUUUCUCAGGGUCAAGGCAUUGCGGCCUAUGCAACUAAUGCGCUUCCGCAGCCUCCAAGUGCUCCAGAUACAGGCUUUACGUCAUUUGGUACCCUUGGUCGCGGUAUUGGCCCGGGCCUAAGUGGCCGGGGGUCUACUUCCGAACUUAUACAACGAAGUGAUCAAAGUAAUCAGACGGAUCAAGGCGCCGAUACAAGCAGGCAUGCUACCCUAGUUCCUGGUCUAAGUGGCGGUGGAGGUGGAGGUGGUGGUGGCCAGGGUUUGAAUAGCCACGCGUCUCCGCUAAGCACGGCAGCCCCUGGUGUAGGUGUUACUAGUGUCGAUCCUAUGGCAUCUGGACUCCAUCCUGCCAGUGGUCGUGAGGGGUCGGGUGGCCAUACAUCUCUUGCCUCUACUAUACAAAAACCACGCGCCAUACAGUUCGGUAGAACUUCCACCCCGCCUAUCGAUCCAACUGUGCUGAAUGGUUACGAAGAAGAUGAUGAAGCCAAUGGACGGGGUGGCGAUUUGUCAAAGUCCCAGGCUGCGGACGCAAUGAACCAGGUUUCUAUAGGUCAAGAUCAUGGCGCAUUGCAAGCGCCUGGACGCCAAAUUCCGGACGUUUCUACUUCAGAAUCUUCGCCGUUUUCCACCACUAACUCAAGCACAGGCGUAACGCAGUUUUCUAGAACCUUACAUACUACCGUGAAUCUUGAUUCCCUGGGUAGUGAUACAGAGCAGGAUGAAGACACUGGAGGGAGUGAUGACGAUUCAGGUGUCGUAAAUGCUGGGACUGAUCUACACGGUCCUCAGAGUGAAGAUGUUUCGGUUCCGAGGGGUGUGGGAAAUACAGGUUCGUCAAUGUCUAAAGAUGCUAUAGUUCCGGAGUUGGGUGGCCUUAAGCAGAGUGCACAAGACGGUUUUCAUUCUGGUUCUCCCACAGGCAGUGCAAGUUUCCAGGCUGUAGUCAGUCAACAUUUGAACCCUCAGUCAAGUAGCACCAUUUCUUCGGGUAGAGGCCCAGCCACGGUAUCUCCGGCGCCCAUUGCUUUUGAUCCGCCAACUACGCAGCCCUCCAAGAGUGGACCUUCAUCUCCUGCUCCACUAUCCCCUGUAUCGGAGUCUAAUGAACAGAUCGACAAACAUCCGGUAACACUUGGUGGUGGGAAUGAUGAGGACCCCAAAACUGAUAUCGGAAGUUUCGGUAUGCCGUCCACUGGCGAGCCACCCGGAAUAAAUGGCGGAGGAUCUUCAGUAGGGACAGGGCAGGGGGGUACUAAUCCUAUGACUCCGCAGAUAGGAGGUUCUAAUCUGAGUCUUAACACAUCUGUAAAUUCAGGCAGCAAUGCAUCCCAUCAAGUACCAUCUCAGGUGCUGAAGCAGACUCCUGCUGCCAUUACGUUUACAAAAAUAACUGAUGACCAAAUCUGGGAGCUGCAAAAGCAAUCAAUGCACGGAGAGAACUAUAAAAAGCUGCAGCAAAAGAUCAAACAGAGAUCAGAUGCGAAACAGAGAUCCCAAAUCAUCCCCAAUCUUAAAAAGCACGUUUACCAUACAGAUUCAUAUGCUUCAGAUGCUCGUAGCGGUGGCUUUACUCGCUUUUCGCCUCAGCACUAUGUUCCACAAAAAGGGCAGCAGAAGCCGGCAGUACGCAAUGAUGUAAUCAUUAAUGGCGAUGCCAUCGAAGAUCCCUUUUAUGAGAAUGACAGAAAACAGAGGGAAAGGGUAGUAGCCGAGGCAAAACGUAAAGAAGAUGUGAGGCAGAUGAAGCAAACUACAGAUGAAAGCACGUGGAUGGCUGAAAAGUUGAAGUUUGCCGAUGAGGUAAAAGAACAUAAGUUGAACGUUACGAAAAUAUUGCAAGAUAUUAAACAGAAAGAUUUGGAUCUCAUGCAAAGCCCCCAGGAUUUCAACUGCAUAGUAGUUUCCGAUACGUCAAAAGCAGCCUCCGACGACCUAUACGGCAAAGUAGUACACGAGUUGGACGGUAAAGCAAUGACUUAUGAUAACGUCAUUCAGGACCCUGAAGAGAAAAGAAUGGAGGAUUUAUAUAAUAGAAUAAUGGAAGAUUACCGUACUGAAGAUAACACAAGAAAUGUUAUGGAGAAGAUGAAAGAGGAACACCGCAAGGAAAUCGAGAAAUUCAACAGGGAAGCCGAAAAGGACUAUAAUGUCGCUGUAGAGCAAAAUCGUAUUGUACAUGCGCUUGCAAACUCCAUCUCAUUGGACGAUGCAUCAUCCAUACCACUUAUGGAGAAUAUGACGCCUUCCAUGUCAUUUUUGGCGGAGUUCGAUGGGUCGGCCACUGCUGACGCAAGGGGCAGUUCUCCAAUGCUACCUCUCCCUCAAAGUGAUUUUGAUAUCGAAAUGGCAUAUAAACCGGACAGAAGUGACGACAAUGACGGGUUCAGAAACCAUCCGCCACCUGCUGCAGCAUAUAAAAUAAACGCGCCUUUGUCCUAUAACUACCCGGAUAUAUCCUCCUCGUCACCGUAUCUUGAGACGUUCGAUGAGGAAAGCCUCAAGUCCCCAACUGUAGACUUCUGUCUUCCUGCCUGGACAACCCAUACACCCACCGACGACUUUGACGGUAUACCAGAAAUUGAGUUGUUCCCCGCCGAGGCGCCGCGUACUAUCAGGGAUAUGCUUCGCUGGCUGGUCGGGAUUGGAAGUCAAAAACAUCUUACGACCCUGGAUAAAUGCAUUAACGAGGCGUUCGGGAAAGCGCCGGACGUCAUACCUGGAAAUCCAACACUCUGCGUCAACAAUUCCAAACUGAAAUCUGAGGAUGUAAUUAAGGCUUUGAAACUUGCCUCCAUGUUUUCAAGUUCCGUGCUCUCCGCCAUUGAGCCGGGCUGGAAGCAAAAGUCAUCGAGAUCUGGCACUGUUAAACGUAUGGAUACCGAUCACGAUCAAGACCCCGAUGGAUGUGCUCUGCUAUGUUGCCUGCAGGACUACGUCUACGCGUGCUAUCACCAGUUGGCGUUUCUGCGUUCGCAGUGCGCUGGCGAUAAAUUCCGUGGUGGUUGGAUGGGUUGUCAGUUUGGACGGGAUGUCACGGCUGAGUCCCCGCUGCAGGCUUUUCUGACUGACGCGUACUACUCCAAGUUCAAGACGCACCUAUUCGACCCGUGUGACGUCUGCCUAAAGAGCCGUAUCAGGAUGGGAUUCAGGAAGGGCGAUUUCUCCAAGAUCGCCAAAGACGGCAGCUACCUGUAUUACCUCCUGUCGCCAUCCUGCAGCGGCGAUGAUGACCCCUUGAUAACGUUGUCUUCUUACCUCAACUGCAUCACCAGGCGAACGCCGCGCACUACAGGGGAGCUCGUGUCGUUCUUCCAGCAUUUCGGGAGUGAGAUGCGCAAGGAUGGUAUAGGCAUCUUGUCCGACAUGGGCAGGGCCCUGUCCACUCCACAUCCCAACUGCCCUGAAUGGGACCAUCUUGGUCGCCACGACUUGGACGCUGUCGGUGGCAUACGGGUUUCCGAGUCUCCUAUCUCCAAACACGACAAUGACCACGCCGGGACCCUGUCCACACUGGUGGGCUGCAACAUCACCAAUGUGCAGUGCACAAAACUGCUGUCGCCCAUCACGCACCGGGCUUACGCAAUGUACUCGCCAUGCUUCGCCCAGACAUACCUCAGCUGGGUGGUCUACCUGGCCGAUACACUCCGCGAGUCACUGGACCGGCUGCGUUACGAUUUCACGAGGCACAAUGUUUCCAAGUGCGGAUCAAUUCAUCACUGCCACGACGCCCUGCCCUACCUCUACUUUCACGGGUUCACGCCACCGGAGGGCACGUCAACAUCACUAGUCACGUGUUCACAGGUCAUCACCAAGUUAGAGGAAGUGAUAAACGGUGGGCCAAUCGCAAAGCUCAUCAACUGCAUGGACGAUUUCUUAUACAGGGUUCGGUGGCCAUUCAUCUACACGGUCAUCACGCUGUGGUCCACCGCAUUCCUCUUGUUCGCCCACACGGCGCUAUACCGCCUGGACUUGCUGCGCAUACAAUCUCACUUCCUGCGCUCCAGGGGAUCUCACGUCAUCGAUGUCAAGGCGUUACUCACGGACGGCACGAAGAUGCCUUCGCUGUACGACAUCGAUUACUUCGACGACGAAGCACUCGCUCACGCGUGGAACAGAAUUUAUUAA